AUGUCCACACUCACAAAAUCAAUUGAAUUCCUAGAACCAAUAAUCACAAAAUGGAAAUUUAAUGAAAAACCUUUAGUUAUAAGUAUAUCAGGACCUCAAGGAUCUGGUAAAUCAUACUUAUCAUCAAAAUUAGCCAUUCAUCUUACAAGAUCUUAUCCAACCCUGAAUUCAAUAACUAUAUCAACUGAUGACUUAUACUUGAGAAAUAAAGAUCAAAGACAAUUAACUAAAGAUCAUCCAGGUACAAAAUUAUUAAAUGGUAGAGGAUUACCUGGUACUCAUGAUGUUGAAUUAGGUUAUAAUUUAAUAUCCAAGAUUGUUAAUAAAGAAUCUGGUUUUAAGAUACCAACUUAUAAUAAAGCUGCUUUUAAUGGAGAAGGUGAUAGAAAUGAUGAAGAUCAAUGGCAAAAUAUUAAAACUCCAAUUGAUAUUUUAAUAGUGGAAGGUUGGUUUAAUGGUUUUUUACCAUUUGAAAAUUCUGAUGAUGUUGAAGAAAUUAUUAACAGUUCAAAAUUAUUAUCAAAUUUUCCUAAAGAUGAUAUUUUUGAAAUAAAUUCAUUCUUGGAUGAAUACGUUAAGAUUUGGAAUUUUUUUGAUGUUGAUAUUUUUUUUGAUACAGAAGAUAUUAAUAAUGUUUUUGAAUGGAGAAUACAACAAGAACAUGAAUUGAUUGAACAAAAAGGUUCAGGUAUGACUGAUCAACAAGUUAGGGAUUUCAUAAGUAGAUAUAUGGCUGUUUAUAAAUUAUAUUAUAGAGAUUUUACAUUAAAAGGUACACCGUCUACACCAAAAGGAUAUAAUUUAAAAAUUAAAUUAGAUUCUAAACGUGUUAUUGAAAACGUUGAAAUUUUUUGA